AUGGGAAAGAAUGUCAUCUUUAUGUCGUUGGCAAUGCUUUACUUUCUUAUCAGCAUUGUUUCAUCUCUAAAUAGCUCCAGUGAUGAGUAUGCUCUUCUAUCCUUCAAAUCUCAAAUUACUGAUCCAAAUAAAAUAUUGGCUAAAAAUUGGUCACAAGGAACCUCGUUCUGCAAUUGGAUUGGCAUUACUUGUGGCAGGAGACAUCGGAGAGUUAAGUAUUUGAAUCUAGCAUAUAUGGGUUUAGGAGGUACUAUUGCUAAAGAAAUCGGUGAACUCUCUUUUUUGAGAUCAUUGAUUAUUAGCAAUAAUAACUUCCACGGAUUUAUUCCCGAUGAAAUUGGUAAUUUAAGCCAGCUUCGAGAAAUAGAGAUGCAGGAAAAUGAGAUAAAUGGUCCUAUUCCAGCAAGUCUUGGAUCUCUUGAAAAUCUACAAAAAUUAAAUCUCUCCGAUAACACACUAGAUGGGAAUGUUCCAAAUAGGAUUUUUAACCUCUCUUCUUUAAUAGAAAUUGGUUUAAGCAAAAAUAGUCUCACAGGAAGUCUUCCUCUUGACAUCUGUUGCAAUCUUACAAAGCUAGAGAAGCUAAGAAUUUCAUGGAAUCAAAUAAGUGGCAACAUUCCUCCGAGCUUGGGAACAUGCAAGAAUCUUGAACUACUUUCUCUGUCGUACAAUCAUUUCUCCGGAAGAAUUCCAAUGGAAGUAGGGAACUUGUCAAAGCUUCAAUCUCUCGAUCUUGGAGGAAAUAAUUUGACAGGUUGGAUCUUGGUCUUGAGUGGAGAAAUCCCUGCCUCUAUUUCAUAUUUUUCGAAGCUUACUAGGUUGUAUCUUGGUCACAACUCCUUCACUGGACGAGUACCCAUGAAUCUCGGGAAUUUACAGAACCUUCAAAUUCUAAGUUUUCGUUUUAAUCAGUUGACAAAUGAUCCUUCAAUGCUCGAAUUGGAUUUUCUUGUUUCAUUGGAAAAUUGUAGGAAGUUGAAGAUCAUACGGAUGGAAAACAAUUCUUUUGACGGAAUACUACCAAAAUCCAUGGGUAAUUUGUCAGCAUCUAUUGAAAGGUUCGACGCCGAUCUUAAUGGUAUUAAAGGUAUCAUUCCGAAUGAAAUCGGUAACUUGAGCAACUUGAUCGAGUUAGGCAUUGGAAACAAUGAAUUGACAGGAAAAAUUCCUGACACAUUGGGUCAAUUAAGAAAUUUGCAAGAGCUAAGACUCUAUGACAAUAAACUACAAGGGUCACUGCCUGUCAACCUUUGCAAUUUGGUAAAUCUGUAUCUUAUAGAUUUGGGGGUUAAUAAGCUUUCGCAACAGCUACCAACUUGUUUAGGAAAUCUUACCGCUUUACGAGAGAUUUAUGUAGAUUACAACUCAUUGACUUCCAGUAUCCCAUCCACACUGUGGAAUAACAAGGAAAUUCAGUUUUUGAAUUUAGCUUAUAAUUUUCUAAGUGGGUCGCUGGCUCCAGAAAUCGGCAACAUUAAGAGCAUGAUACUGAUAAAUUUAUCAGGAAAUCGAUUCUCAGGUGAUAUUCCAAGUACCAUAGGACAACUUCAGAAUUUGGAAGAUCUAAUAUUAUCAAACAAUCGGUUAUAUGGUCCUAUACCAGAGUCCUUUAGUAAUUUGAUUUCGUUGCAAAAUUUGGAUCUGUCCAAUAACAGUCUCUAUGGUGUAAUCCCCAAGUCACUAGAGAAACUUGACCACCUUCAGUAUUUCAAUGUUUCAUUCAAUGAACUCAAUGGUGAAAUUCCAAAUGGAGGGCCUUUUAAGAACUUCACAUCAGAUUUUUUCACAGGCAACAGAGAAUUGUGUGGAGCAUCUCAAUUUCUGGUCAAGUCUUGCAAAGAUAAUAAAACUAGAUUAUCAAGAAGUUCCAGCAUUUUGAAGUACAUUUUACCUUCAAUUGUUGUUGUAUUAAGUCUGGCCAUUAUUGUGGUUUAUUUAAUAAGACGCCAUGGCAGAAAUACACUUCUUCCAGCUCGGUCUGGUUCCCCCAUAGCUGUCAAGAGGAUUUCAUAUUAUGAAGUUUUAAAUGCUACCAAUAAAUUUGGUGAAGAGAAUCUGAUUGACAAAGGCAGUAUUGGUUCAGUGUACAAGGGAAUAUUUUCAGAUGGAAUGAUUGCUGCUAUUAAGCUUUUUAAUCUAGAUUUGGAAGCUGCCCACCAAAGUUUUGAUAACGAGUGCCAAAUACUUUGCAAUAUUCGUCACAGAAACCUUGUCAAGGUAAUUAGUAGUUGCUCAAACCUUGAUCUUAAAGCCUUGGUGCUAGAAUAUAUGCCCAAUGGAAACCUUACCAGAUUGCUGUCCUCAAGCAACUAUUUAUUAAAUAUAGCUCAAAGCAUCUUACUUUUAGAUGAAGAUAUGGUUGCUCAUGUUGCAGACUUUGGCAUUUCCAUGCUUUUCACUGAAGACCAGAGAAUUUUGAUUACCAAGACGUUGGGCACCAUUGGAUAUAUGUCUCCAGAGUAUGGAUCAACAGGAUUACUAUCAACUAUGGCAGAUGUUUACAGUUAUGGGAUUAUGAUGAUGGAAAUAUUUACCAAGAAGAAGCCAACAGAUGCUAUUUUUGUUGGAGAAUUCACAAUGAGGAAAUGGGUGCUUGAAUCAUUCCCAGAUGCAAUAACGCACAUAGUUGAUGUUGAUCUAUUGAAUGCUACUGAAGACAACAUUCGAGCUAAGGAGAGCUGCUUCAGAUUAAUUAUGGAACUAGCACUAGAAUGCACGAAUGAUUUGCCCGUGGAGAGGCUCAAUAUUAAGGAUGUUCUAACAAGGCUCAAGAAGAUUAAAACUCAAUUUUGUUAA